UAGUCUGAUAGUUUCUAAGACCUUUACAGGUGGGAGAAUCUGUGCACUGAUCUUCUGCAUAUCAGUUGACAUUUAUUAAUAAUAACUAGCUCUCAGUGCUGAGUGGCUUUCAGGCAAAUAAAGCACCCUUCAUCAAGGGGGUGGAAGAGGCAGUAGGACUCAUGCAUAAAUCAGUAAUCAUGGAACUCAGUGCCUGAGCACUGAGUAGAAUGAUCCACUGAGACUGUGGUCUGAGUAGAAUGAUCCAGGGGCCUGGGGGGAUAGGAGAACAAAGAACAAUGGAAGGGCUCCACAGAGUAGGUGACUUUUGAGUUGAACCUUGGAGGUGAAGUUCAAGUUCAGCAGGUAGACAGGCUGUGUGUGUGUGUGUGUGUGUGUGUAGCUAAACAGAUUGAGAAGGUGGAGUUGAUCUUGAUAUUAAACGGUCUUGAAUGCAAGGUAAAUUAUACUUUAUCGGAGGACUAGUGUUUUCCAAGCAGUUCUGAGGAGCAGUCCCUGGGGAAGGAUGUUUUCCAUCCAGUCAUCUUCAGAGGGAGGCUCCCACUCUGACUUGGGCAGACAGCUCUUCUUUUACCUGCUGUGUCUAUGUAGUUCUGCUUGAUUUCAUCUGACAAAAAGUUUCCGCUGCUAAAACAGGCAAACAAACAAAAAAGUUCUGGCCAACAAGGCCGCUGAAGGGUUCUCUGCUGGUGAGAAGAAAAACCCUAUUAGAAGGAACCCUCUGAAGGAGAUUGUGUGGGUGUGGGUAUGGGGGAGGGCAGAGGCCUGAGGGUGACUUUUGGAAGCCAAGUUCUCUCACCAGCUUCCUUAGUUGGGAGGAAAAUUGUGAUUAGGAGAGGGGCAUCAUCUUCUCUGAUAGAGGAGAAUCUGAUCAAAAACUUAGGUCUCCCUCAAGGCUUGGUAAAGUGUGUGACCUCUGGGAGGUAGUCCUCCAACUCGGAGACUGGCAGAGGGUGGGGAGGCAGGAAGUGGGUAACUAGACUGACAAAGGUGCUUGUGGCGGUUUGCCCAUCCCAGGUGGGGGGCGGAGCACAGGCGAGGCAUAGGCCUGGUGUCAAUGUACUUGUGGCCUGAGGGCUCUGAGGGGACACCAGUCAGGAACCCUCAUUUCAGCUCUUCUGUGGCUGGUGAAUGGGGGUCCGGCGGCCGUCGACCGUCUCAGGGACCAUGGGCUGUACCUGCAGCUCAAACCCUGAAGAUGACUGGAUGGAAAACAUCGAUGUGUGUGAGAACUGCCAUUAUCCCAUAGUCCCUCUGGAUGGCAAGGGCACGUUGCUCAUGAGGAAUGGCUCUGAAGUACGGGACCCACUUGUCACCUAUGAGGGCUCCAACCCACCAGCCUCUCCACUGCAAGAUAACCUGGUUAUCGCCCUGCACAGCUAUGAGCCCUCUCACGACGGAGACCUGGGCUUCGAGAAGGGUGAACAGCUCCGUAUCCUGGAACAGAGCGGCGAGUGGUGGAAGGCGCAGUCCCUCACCACAGGCCUGGAAGGUUUCAUCCCUUUCAACUUCGUGGCCAAAGCGAACAGUCUGGAACCCGAACCCUGGUUCUUCAAGAACCUAAGCCGCAAGGACGCUGAGCGGCAGCUCCUGGCGCCCGGGAACACGCACGGUUCCUUCCUGAUCCGAGAAAGCGAGAGCACAGCUGGAUCAUUUUCACUGUCGGUCCGGGACUUCGACCAGAAUCAGGGAGAGGUGGUGAAACAUUACAAGAUCCGUAACCUAGACAACGGCGGGUUCUACAUCUCCCCUCGCAUCACUUUUCCCGGAUUGCAUGAACUGGUCCGCCAUUACACCAAUACUUCUGAUGGGCUGUGCACUAGGUUGAGCCGCCCCUGCCAGACCCAGAAGCCCCAGAAGCCGUGGUGGGAGGACGAGUGGGAGGUUCCCAGGGAGACGCUGAAGCUGGUGGAGCGACUGGGGGCCGGCCAGUUCGGGGAGGUGUGGAUGGGGUACUACAACGGGCACACGAAGGUGGCAGUGAAGAGCCUGAAGCAAGGCAGCAUGUCCCCUGAUGCCUUCCUCGCUGAGGCCAACCUCAUGAAGCAGCUGCAGCACCCGCGGCUGGUCCGGCUCUACGCGGUGGUCACCCAGGAGCCAAUCUACAUCAUCACCGAAUACAUGGAGAAUGGGAGCCUGGUGGAUUUUCUCAAGACCUCCUCGGGCAUCAAAUUGACCAUCAACAAACUCUUGGACAUGGCAGCCCAAAUUGCAGAGGGCAUGGCAUUCAUUGAAGAGCGGAAUUACAUCCACCGUGACCUGCGAGCUGCAAACAUCCUGGUGUCUGACACCCUGAGCUGCAAGAUUGCAGACUUUGGCCUAGCACGGCUCAUUGAGGACAAUGAGUACACAGCCAGGGAGGGGGCCAAAUUUCCCAUUAAGUGGACAGCACCAGAGGCCAUCAACUACGGGACAUUCACCAUCAAGUCAGAUGUGUGGUCUUUCGGGAUUCUAUUGACGGAAAUUGUUACCCAUGGCCGUAUCCCUUACCCAGGGAUGACCAAUCCUGAGGUGAUUCAGAAUCUGGAGCGAGGCUAUCGCAUGGUUAGGCCUGACAACUGUCCAGAGGAGUUGUACCACCUCAUGAUGCUGUGCUGGAAGGAGCAUCCAGAGGACCGACCCACCUUUGACUACCUACGCAGUGUACUGGAGGACUUCUUCACGGCCACAGAGGGCCAGUACCAGCCCCAACCUUGAUAUUGAUAGGCCUAGCUGGCUUGAGGCUUUCCCCCAUCUGGCCACCCUGGCUUGGGAAGUUGGGGUUCUUGUGCCACGUUCACAUGACCUAUGCACUUAUGGACUUUAUACAUGAAUCUCACCCACGUGACACAUGUGUAUUGUGUGUCAUAUGCAUAUCCCAUAGUUGUGUGGGUUCUACAUAUGUCUUGUACAUGUAUAAUCUGUGCACAUAUGUUUUGGAGACGAUGAUCUAAAGGUCUCUUUCUAGACACUCCCAUUUUCUGAGACCACAGAGGGGGAAAAGAGGCUUAUGAUUGACACCUGCUUCUGUCUACCUCUUUUCUUUCUCUGGUCCAGAAGUUCCUUGCAGCCUGGGACCUUAUCUGAUACCUUUUGUACUCCUCCUCAGGGCCUGGCACACAUCAGGAGCUCAAUAAAUCUCAGUUGAUGAAGGUUGUA